AUGGCCGACAGCGGCCAGCCUGCGGAGCCACCGGUGGUGCUGGGUGCAGAGGGCGAAGGCCCUGUCCCAGAGCCCUGGGUCCGGCUCAACGUGGGUGGCACGCUCUUCACCACCACCCGGGCCACCCUCGGCCUGUGCCCCGACUCGGUCCUCGCCGCCAUGUUCCCGCUCUCCGGCCCGCCCUCGCUCCCCAUCGCCCGUGCUGCCGAUGGCGCCUACCUGCUUGAUCGCGAGCCGGCCUACUUUGGCCCGCUUCUCUCCUACCUUCGCUCAGGCGCCGUCUUUAUCGAUGCCGGCAUCGCCGCCACGGGCGUACUCCACGAGGCCCGCGCCUUUGGCAUCACCCCGCUCGUCGCCCUGCUCGAUGCCCAGCUCGCUGAUGAGGCCCAGCCCAAGCUCGCUCCGGCCCUCUACCUGGUCGUCCGCUGUGUCACCCUGUAUCAGGCUGGUCGUGCCCGGACAAACAUCGCCUACAUGGGCCCACUCUCCCGCCGCAAGCGAGAGCGCCUCGAAGGCGUUUCGCUCUCGCCUGCGCUCAACAUGCUUGCCUCCUGGGGCUGGCGGCUCGUCACUUCGUGCGGCAAGGGCGGCGAUCAUGAGAAGUUUAUCUUCUCCAAAACCCCCAAGUCGCUCCGCUCCGCCCGCCGUUACAUCGAUACCAUCCUCUCGCCCUCGGUCCGCCACGACCCGAUGACUGCUCUCCGUUCAGAGUUUGAUCCGCCGGUCGACUCGGACACCGAGGCCGAUACCCAGCCCGACUUUGGCUCUGCAUCGCUUUCCUCCUCUGCCGACUCGUCGUCGGCUGAGCCCGACAUGCCCGAUCCUGAGCUCGACGCCACGGACCCGGCCGCCUCAGACCCAGCCGCCGGCAUCGCCGUGACUGCCUCGACCCAUGCGCUGGACGGUGGCGCCGGCGCAGCUGAGCACGCGCUGCACCGUGCUGUCCAGCGCGCGCGCCGUGCCCGUCGUAAGCGUGACUCGACGGCCCUCGUCUAUCCGGUCGAGGAGCUCUUCCGCGCCGACGACGAGUGGAUCUCGCUUAAUGUCGGUGGCAGGAUCUUCUGCACCACACUGCGGACUCUCCGCGACCGUGCUCCGGCCUCGAUGCUUGCGCACAUGUUCCGUCCGCUCACCGAAGGUGACGAGCCGGCCUCGCCUAGUGCCCCGGCCUCGUUUGCCUGGCACUCGGCCCGCGACGCCCACGGCAACUAUCUACUCGACCGCGACCCACGCUACUUUGGCCCCAUCCUCCACUACCUCCGGACCGGCAACCUAGUUGUCGACCCGGGCGUAUCGCUCGAGGGCAUCCGCGCCGAGGCGCUCUUCUUCCAGAUUGCCCCACUCAUCACCGCUGUCGAGCAGCGCCUCAACGCUCCCGACGAGGCACCGCUCUUCCAGUACCUCAUCGUCCGCUCGGUGACCCUCUACUACGCCUCGCGCGCCCAGGUCAAGGUCACGAUCCGCGGGCCGUACAACCGCUUUCGCGACACAGACCUUGAGAACCUCUCACUUGCCCAGAUCUUCAACAUCGUCGCCGCUGAUGGCUGGCGACUGCAGUCGGCCUCAGGCAAGGGAGGCGACCACGAGAAGUUUGUCUUUGAGCGCCCGUUCUCAGACGCAAACCACCCUUCGGUUCUCGAGCCACUCCUUCCGCGCAAUGCAUCGACCCUAGAUCCCGCAGGGCCUACCCCCGCUGCAGCUGCAUCCGCCGCCGCCGCCGCCGCUCUCAAUCCGCGAGGCGCCACCGCCAUCCCUGUAGGCGCCGGCGCCGCCAUCGCCGCCACCACUGCCGCCGCCGCUGCUGCUGCUGCCGCCACCGCUGCGCUGCCCGCCUUUCUCGCCUCUGUCCUUGUCCUCGACCUCGCCUUUGUCCUCACCACCACCGCCACCGCCACUCCCUCCUCCACCCAGCUCGACCUUGUUGUGGUCGGCCUCGGCCCGUCAGGCUUGACUGCCAUGGCCACCGCCGCCGCCGGCCGCAUCCCGGUCCUCCGCCCUCUGCAGCAUCUGCAUCCGGCAGGUUCUGCCCUAGCCGACGCUCUGCCGCUACCGCUGGUCCAUGCCCUCGCUCUGGCUUCCGACGCCGGGCUGGCGAGGCUUGACGGCCGAUCCGAUGCCCCCGCUGCGCUCCUGGUCGAUGCCCACGCUGCGCCGCGGGCUGACGAUCCCCAUCACUCUGGCUACGGCCUUGCAGAGUCAGCGCUGGACAUGGUGUCCUCCGACGUCGCUACCGCGCUGAACGUGCUGGCGGUCGGCGAUGCUCCGCCAGGAGGAUCCUGGCACGCUAUGGCCGCGCACAUGGCCACCCUCUCGCCUGGCGAAUGGAUGGCCUUGCCAGGCAUGCCGUUCUGGCCAUGGCUCCUCUGCUCGACGCCGGACGCUCUGUUUAACGCAGUCCUUCUGCCUCAUCACGCCGAUGCUGAGCAUGAACUCCGGGCCGAGCUGGCCGCCGUCACGCCGCAGCUCUCGUGGCUGCGAUCGCUCGAUGACGCCACUCUCCUCCGCGAAGCCCUGGCUUUUGCCCGUCCGCGCCGCCAACUUGUUGUCGACUACUAUGCAGCGUACCCCGCGGCCAUGGCUCUGCCACCAGACACGAUCAAGCAUGGCUACCGUGUCGUUGCCGUGGACCUUGCGCCGGAUGGAGCUGGCUUUGAUCUCGUUGCGCUGCGGUGCGAUGCGCCCGGCCCGCAUGCCCCGCUCCGGCUCUCAGCCCGUGCUGUAGUCCUUGCCCUCGGUAUGUACGGCAAGCCGAAGAUGCUAGGCGUGCCCGGCGAGGACCUGCCGCUGGUUCACCACCGGACGGCGGCAGUGGACGACCUGGAUCCUGACCUUGCCGCCACCGUGGUGAUUGUGGGUGACGGUCUCUCGGCCGCCGAUGCGCUUGCUGCGCUGCUCGGCGACGGCUACUCUUGUCGUGUCGUUCAUCUGUUCCGAAGAGACACUGAUGGCGAGCUUAGCCUCGACUCGUAUCGCGGCGCCGAUGACGAGUAUCCUGAGUACGCACGCGUUCUUGAGCUCAUGGAAGGCACGGCGACCCACACUCGGUAUUCAGGGAUGGAAGGGAAGGCUAUAGCACGCAUCACGUCAGCAGGGCAGGUAGUGCUGAGCGACGGCUCUAUCCUUGUUGACGUCAGUGCUGUUCUUGUUCUCAUCGGCUCGACGCCCGAUCUCGGUCUGUUGUCACCAUCGCUGUUGGAGCGACUUGGCAUCGGGGCGCCUGACUCGCAAGAUGUGCUCCGCAAGCCGCUGGCGGUCCAUCCGCGGACCUUUGAGGUCCGCGCCGUACCUAGCCUCUAUGCUGUGGGCCCGCUCGCCGGCGAAAACUUUGUCCGCUUCAAUGUGGGCACCGCCCUCGCUGCCGCCUACACGGCGGUGCUCCGGGCGCUGGCAGCUACGCAGCACGCGGUAGCCGUUUGAUUCAAAAGUACGAGUACGAUGUGGCGAUGUGGCGCUGCGACG